GGAGUCCGUGUGACGUCAUCGCUUGCAGCCCCGUCCAUAUUUGGCGAAGAAGUUGUCGGUAAAACUCGGACAAAAAGUGGAGACUUUGCGGCACCUUAGUGGCGAUAUUGGCGCUUUUUGUGGCGUUUCUGGUCAAAAGCGGCGACGAAUGUGUUCCGUAGAAGUGACUUAUCUUGACGACUUGUCAGCGCCCGCAUCGCCAGUGAGUCACCCAUGUCAGUGACGGUUCAAAAGCGGGGCUCACACUUGCUUCUCAUGGCCGCCAACAGCCGCUCUUCGCCCCGCUUCACGCACGGAAAGACUGCCGGUGCUUUCGCGGCGAGUCGCGCCGGGUUUGUAUGAGCCGAGCCGGAGGAGGUCAGCGGCGAGGGGUCGCAUGGCCGGAGGCUCCGUCGCCAACAGCGGCAGCAGCAGCCGAGCCGGCUGGCGGGGCGUCACCAUGAAGAUGCCCCGAGGAGGGCGCCUGUUUCUGGCGACGUGCCUCGGAUCACUCGCGGUCCUGCUGCUCUACUACCAGAGUAUCAGCAAGCCCGACGUGGGUGUUGGUGCAGUCAGCAGACCUGCAAAAAGCAGAAGGAGUCCACUACAGACCCUCUACAGUGGAGACCAGCAUCUGGAGCUGCUGGCUGCUCAGAGGUCACUCCAAGGUCGCAGGGAGCUGCUGGAGCAGGCCUGUCUGAGUCACACCAAGAAGCGGCGGGUGCUUUCUCCAGAGGACCUCAAACACCUCAUUGUGGACGACAAACACAGCCUGAUUUACUGCUACGUCCCCAAGGUAGCGUGCACCAACUGGAAGCGCGUCCUCAUGGUCCUCACCAGCGAGGGGCGCUACACCGACCCCCUGGCCAUCCCCGCCAACGAGGCCCACGUGACGGGCAACCUGCGGGCGCUCUCCGAGUUCUCGGUCCCGGAGAUCAACCGGCGCCUGCGCGACCACCUCAAGUUCGUGUUCGUGCGGGAGCCCUUCGAGCGCCUGGUGUCGGCCUACCGCAACAAGUUCACGCGCAGCUACAACACGGCGUUCCACAAACGCUACGGCACCAGGAUCGUCCGCCGCUACCGCGCCCGCCCCGGCCCGCCGGCCCUGGAGAAAGGGAGCGACGUCUCCUUCCAGGAGUUCGUCCAGUACCUGGUGGACCCUCGGACGCAGCGCGAGGAGCCCUUCAACGAGCACUGGGAGAGGGUUCACUCGCUGUGCCACCCCUGCCUCAUCCACUACGACAUCGUGGGCAAGUACGAGACUCUGGAGCCCGACGCCCGGGCCGUGCUGUCCUUGGCGGGCGUGGAGGACACGCUCCGGUUCCCCACCUCCGGUAAAAACACCAGGACCGACGGCGACAUGGCGGCGCGCUUCUUCCAGCACAUCGACGCCUUCUACCAGAGGAAACUCUUCAACCUUUACCGCAUGGACUUCCUGCUCUUCAACUACUCCACACCCGACUAUCUCAGAACUUGACUUCAGCAAUUCGAUGGUGACUUUGCACUUCUCCAUUUUCCUGCUGGAUGACGAGCCUCCACUAACUCCGCACCACCAGGACUUAUUUAUGAGGAGCGGGUUCUCCUCCCGCAUGGAGGAACCGACUAUGACUGUGAACUUACACCACGGGUCCGAUUUACCCAAUUCCCAUUGAAUGCCUUUACCCGCUUUAUUUAAAUGUAUCCUUGUCAGGUGACCUCGUACUGGUGAGUGACUCAGCCGCUCAACAAGGUCAAUGGAAGGCACUUCUUCAUAUUUAACAGUCUGUCCUUACUGCGGUUUGGAUUAUACUUUUCACUUUCACUUUCACUUUCACUUUCGCAUUUCAAAAUGACUCCCGACAACCUUUGUGGUGAAUAUUUCCGAAAGCACCGGAUAUCUCGAAGGCCUUAAAUGAUGCAUUAGUUAUUUAUUUGUUCUGUCGUUCAAUUAUGAAUUGACUAUUGAUUUUAAUACAACUUUUCAUUCAUAUUUAGGGCCUGAUCUACUAAGAUUAGUCAGCACUAACUACAAACCCCGUUUCCAUAUGAGUUGGGAAAUGGUGUCGGAUGUAAAUAUAAACGGAAUACAAUGAUUUUUUUUUGCAAAUAAUAAUUAACUUAGAAUUUCAUGGCUGCAACACGUGCCAAAGUAGUUGGGAAAGGGCAUGUUCACCACUGCGUUACAUGGCCUUUCCUUUUAACAACACUCAGUAAAGGUUUGGGAACUGACGAGACACAUUUUUCAAGUGGAAUUCUUUCCCAUUCUUGCUUGAUGUACAGCUUAAGUUGUUCAACAGUCCGGGGGUCUCCCUUCUGCUAUUUUAGGUGCCACACAUUUUCAAUGUCUGGACUACAGGCAGGCCAGUCUAGUACCCGCACUCUUCUACUAUGAAGCCACGCUGUUGUAACACGUGGCUUGGCAUUGUCUUGCCGAAAAUAAGCAGGGGCGUCCAUGGUAACGUUGCUUGGAUGGCAACAUCUGUUGCUCCAAAAGCUGUAUGUACCUUUCAGCAUUAAUGGUGCCUUCACAGAAGUGUAAGUUACCCAUGUCUUGGCCACUAAUACACCCCCAUACCAUCACACAUGCUGCCUUUUACACUUUGCGCCUGGUUCUUUUCCUCUUUGACGUCCACAGUUUCCAAAAACAAUUUAAAAUGUGGACCCCGUCAGACCACAGAACACUUUCCCACUUUGUAUCAGUCCAUCUUAGAUGAGCUCGGGCCAUCUUAGAUGAGCUCGGGCCCAGCGAAGCCAACGGCGUUUCUGGGUGUUGUUGAUAAAACGGUUUUCGCCUUGCAUGGGAGAGUUUUAACUUGCACUUACAGAUGUAGCGACCAACUGUAGUUACUGACAGUGGGUUUCUGAAGUGUUCCUGAGCCCAUGUGGUGAUAUCCUUUACACACCGAUGUGGCUUGUUGAUGCGGUACAGCCUGAGGGAUGGAAGGUCACGGGCUUAGCUGCUUACGUGCAGUGAUUUCUCCACAUUCUCUGAACCCUUUGAUGAUAUUGCGGAGCGUAGAUGGUGAAACGCUGGGGAAGAAGAUGAGUAAAAAAAUACAAUCUAGACUGGGCUCCUAAGGAAAAAACCUCCAUGCCAUGCACACAUAAACAUGUUACAUUUAAUCACCACAACUCGCAACAGAGGAGGGGGGGGA